UCAUUCAAAGCUCUUAAGUUUGUUUAAGUUAGUGAAAUGACUUUUUUGCAGGCUGAUGCAGAGAUAGUGGAAAGAUGUGUGACGUGCAGGCCCUGCAGGUGCAGUUGGCGGAUAUCGAGAAUGACAACGAGUGCAGCAGCGAGCACAGCUCGGUGUACGAGCCCGCCCGGCCGCAGCUGCUUAGCAUGCCUGUAGAGAUAUUUUUAAAGAUCUGCUCAUUCCUCGAUGCAGAUUUCCUAAGUCACACACUGGCCAAAGUAUGCACAAGGUUUGAAACGAUUCUAGAGGACAGCCACAUAUGGAAGUACUGGUACCACAGCAAGCUGGAAGGCAGCACAUACCCGCCGCUGCCGCACCUGCAGCACUGGGAGGAGAAGCCGAUUGACUGGCAGAGUUUGUGCGUGGAGUCCGCCAGUGAGAAGCGGCGGUGGGAGAACGUGCGGGAGACCAUGAAGCAUAUUGUAGUGAAGGACAUACACUUUGCGUCUGUGGACACUGUUUUAUUAGUAAAUAAUGGCGAGUUGUGCAUAUCCGGCGGGCGUGAUCGCGGCAUGGCGCUGUGGUGCGUGGCCGACAUCUCGCCCUCCGGCCCGGAGGUGGCCACGCCGAGCCGCGCGCCCGGCGGCGGCGUGGCGCACGCCGUGCUCGCCGCCACGCAGCCGAGACACAUCCGGCACGGCGCGCAUGAGGGCUGGGUGUGGGACCUGGCAGCGGACUGCGAGCACAACACCAAGUUCGUGUACUCCGCCUCCUGGGACAACUCCGUCAAGGUGUGGGACCUCAAUCGGGACUUCACAGCCGUACACUCCUUCAGAUGCGGUAUGUCAGCUCUCUGCGUGGACACCUGCAGCGACAUGGUUCUAGCCGGACUGUAUUCCAAAAGGAUCAUGGUGUUCGAUGUCCGGGUCGGGGCCGAAGCCGUUUGCAAAUACAAGCCGCACAGGGGCCCCGUGCUGGGGCUGGCCACGUCGGGGCCGCAGGUGGCGUCGGUGUCGGAGGACCGCUCGCUGGCCGUGUGGGACGCGCGCGCGCGCCGCACGCUCGUGCAGCGCCGUCUGCGCGCCGACCAGGCCUACCCCGUGUGCGUGUCCUGGGCCGGGCCCGCGCUCUACGUCGGCGACUCCAAGGGAGGGCUACAUCUGCUGCAUCCGGAGAACUUCAGCUUGGUGGCCACGCAUGAAGUUUGGCAGGAGCCGCCCUCCACGCAGCCCGCCUCCAAGAUUACGGGAUGCCUGCAGACGCCGGCCGGACUCAUCUUAGUAUCGGACCGCGGCGAGGUCAAGUUCAUGUACAACAGCUUCCCCCCGCGGGAGUACUGCAGCACGCGCACCACCGCCCCCGACGUCACGCAGGUGCGGUACCUGAACGGCAUCUUGGUGGUCGGGUCGUGCGACUCUGCGCUCGAGUUCUGGAUCCCGGCCGAGCGCUACGACUCGGCCAUCCCGACACUAGACUCGUCCUCCGACACGGCCAUCCGGCACUAGACUCGUCCUCCGACUCGGCCAUCCCGACCGCAUUUUGAUGACAUGACAUGCUGCAGCAUCUUCACUGAGGUGGAGAUGAGAUGAGAGGAGCCAUGCGGAAAUGUGGAUUACAUCCAAUGCUACUGGUCGAUUCCCGUAAAUCGCCUCUCAUGCGCCUCCGAGCCGAGUGGAAAGUCAGCCUUAUUGCGAAUACAUAAGCAAGUUGCGUUUUGAGGCUGUUGGAAUGAAAUUAGAGAGUAGGUUACCCAAUGAGACUGAAUGGUAAAAAGUGUUUUAAUACCCAAUGAGCAAUAUUUUUAUUAGAGUAAUAUACUAAUGAAAUUAAUUAAUUUAAAAUGUGUUAUGAUACUUGAAAAUAUUAACAAGCUGGAUGUUUAUACAUUUUUACAAUUACUUUUUAUUAAAAGCUAAAGUAUUA